AUGACAUCGUCUACUUCGACGGGCAGUGGCCCUGGCGCAGAAAAUGGAACACAGCCAGGUCCAAGUUCGAAGAAAAAGUACCUCUGGUACGAUUGCGAUCCGGGUGUGGACGAUAGGUUACGGGAAAAUAAGAGUGCUAUCAUGGAUGUCAAUUUGUAAAUUGCCGCACACAGCACGACAACUUGGAAAGAAACAGCUGCAGCAAAAGUGUGCAAUGAUAAUGAAUGCACUACGGCUCCUGCUACAGAUGCUGGUCGCGGGUGUAAUAGGGCAUAAUUUUUGUAGAGGUCGAUGUCGUGUGUGUAAAGAUAAUGGAAAUGUUCAGCGAUCCAUUGAAGGUUCAUCUUCAAUUUCCCACGUCGAUACACAACGCCAUCGCCUUGAUCCUCGCCGUUGCCAACACUUCUACUACCUUUAACACCGAACUCCUCGGCGUCAGCACUGUGGCUGGAAACGUCAAUCUGGCGAAAACCACGACCAAUGCGCGCAAGAUUUUGUACCUGGCGGGAAAGGGAAAAGACUACCCUGUCUACCCCGGGGCGAGUCGACCGUUACUGCGGGACCCGAAGUUUGCCGACCAUAUACAUGGGGACACCGGCCUAGAUGGCACCGACACGCUGGGAAAGAUUCGGCUCGAGAAUUACAAUUCAGAGGAGCAGCUGCAAUUGGGCGGCGGGAAGAACAAGGUACAGACAAUGUACUACUAGAAGAUUCUUCAACUGUAGCGCCACGACCGGACGAGAAUGGAUACCGUUGACCUUGGCUUGCUGCUUGUAGUAAUGCUGGAGCUGCACAAGAUUCGCAUGUUUUGCCCUCUAGUAGUGAAAAGCAAAAAAUUGCGAAAAAUACACAAACACCAGCACGCCGUGGAAGCGAUGCGAGAUGCGAUUCUGUCCACGCCGCGACACACCUCCUGGCUGGUAUGUACCGGGCCGCUAACGAACACCGCGCUCCUGUUCAGCCUGUAUGGCGACAAGAUCUGCGGCCACCUGGCCGGCUUCGUUUUCAUGGGCGGGGCGGUUGCUUUGGGAAAUAUCAACUCCGCGGUGGAAUUUAAUUGUCACUGCGAUUUACGAAAUGGGAAAAGCUUGUGAUGUAGUUUUUCUUCUAUCACUUCUACCGCAGGUUUCGUACUUGAAAGUGCAUGAAAGGGCCAGAGUUACUUCAAAAAUCUGGGAUUUCACAUCGAAAAAGAAAGUAGAAGGGCUGCACUUGUGCCUUGGCAUUAGUACUUCAGACAAGAACGUGGUCAUCGUCAACCAGCGGUUCCAGAAUGAAACAACUAGAAGAUUGCUCUGUAUCAAUAGUGCCGAUCUAAUCAUGCUGGACCACGAAAGCCAAAUUUACUCUCAUUCUAAAUCUAGUCCUGCUUCCUUUGAAACCACAACCAUUUCCCCCCCUCCACACCCUCCCGAAGCCGCCAAAAUGGUGAUCGAGGUCUACAUAUCCUCUGCAAAACAAGUAUCGUACUCGUAGUAACGGCAGCAUUCAUGCAUGACAGACCUAUUUUUGUAAGCUAACAAGCAUCACAAAUUCCAUUUUUCAUGCUGACCAAAUUAGUGAUGCAAUUUCUACUAGUACUACUACGACGCUUUUGCAAUGCAUAUUACUGCGCAAAGAUCCGGACGGCGUUGAUGGUGCCGCUGGAUUUGACGACACUAGCGCUCGCCGGCCCGGACUUCGAGACCCGAGUUGCGCAGAUUUUUUCAACAUCCCAAGAAAACUACCAGGAGCCCGAUCUGGCUCGGACCGUGCGGCAGCUGCUGCGCCGAGCCGGCGAGAACUACGGGAACUGGCGGAAUCCGGAGGUGUUGCUGAAUCUCGAGCGGUACGGACAUGCGGCGAAGAAUCAGUACCCCUUACACGAUCCGAUUGCCGUCUUUUUUGUCCUCUUUCCCGAGGCUUUUCGGAACGAGAAGGAUAGGGAAAAGUACCUGAAUCUGCAUGAAGUAGCACGGGAGGAUGAUGACCGAGGCCAAAGGCAAAAUGGAGAGGAUGGAGAUGGGGAACAACAAAGCGGCCCUGCUGCAGCUCCAACGUUGCCCAACUACUCCUCUCCUCAAUCCCUUGGCUUCGUGGAAAAGCAUCGCGUGUUCGUGGACGUGACCACGACCGGACCAGGCUCGUUGCAAAGCAGCCGCCUUUCCCCCGCGGGGCAAACCGUCGUGGAUUUUGAUUCGCGGGAAGAGGGGGAGAAGAAUUUGUUUAUAGCGUUUCGGAUGGACUUUGAAAUGUUUUGGAAGGAAAUUCUGGCAGCGAUAAGGACCUGUGGUGAGAAGCGGAUAGUGGCGGAAUGAAGAAAACCAAGACAGUCCGGGAGUAGAAAUAUCAACAUGUUCUACAUAAGUGCAUUGUUCUUUACUUUGGAGGUAAU